CUCGCACGUCUGCGGGCGAGAGUGCUUUGCCCUCAUUUAAGUGUGGUUAAGAGUGUACAGCAUGCGUCACGCUCACACGUCGCGAGUACAAUUUUUGUGUGGACGUCCAGUGUGUGGCUGUUGUGGGAAAAGCUGAAGAAAAUUGCAUUUUUUGCAUAAUGCGCGGCGCGAAAAGCUAACAAAAGUUGUGCUAAAUCAAAAUUCGAUAGUCUGGCCACGGUUUGUGCAUAAGAGCGGGCGGCGCGAACGUGUUUGGUGCACUAAAACCACGUCUCGAAAAAGUUAAGAAUUCUACGUGCACACAUUUUUUGGGCUGCCAUAUAUAAAAAAAAAACGCAUACAAACGCAUUUUCUUGCUGUAUAUGCGGAGGAGCACACACACACACACAGAGCGACAGACACGCAUACAAUUGCACUCACGAGAUAUGCGAGCAUAAAGAAGAAUUUUUUCUUAGUUGUAUUACAAGAGCAUUAGAUACAUAUAUAAGUAUAUAAAUAUACAUAUAUACACGCCUAGGUGUGUACAUAAAAGAUACAUACAUAUAAAAUUAAACGAAAGCUGUGCCUACAUUUGUGUUCUUUUCCAAUACUAAAAUAACAACAACAAACAAUAAUAAUAAUAAUAAUAAUAAUCAUACGAGUAAUAUAAAUAAAAUAAUGCAAGUCGAGCGAGAGACAGCGACAAGAUAACACACCCACUUGUCUGCUGAUAAUUCCAAUUUAUAUAUAAUAAGCCUACGCCACGCCCACGCGCAACUACAACAACAACAACAAAAAACAAAACAAAUGCAAAAUCAACCAAACGAAUAAAACUUUAAACUACUUUAAAGUGUGAUAAGCAAAAGGCUGAAAUCAAAAACAAAAUAAUUAGUAGAAAACCAAAAGCAAAGGCAACAACAAAUACAACAACAACAACAACAACAACAACAAAGAAACCAACAAUCAAUUACAUUUUACACCAAAACACGAAAAGCAAACACGAGCCAACAUUUUUUACAUUAAUUAUUUUUCCUAAACCAAAACCUAACUUAGUGCAAAAACAUGUAUCCAGUUGGACAACAGUCACAGUGGACCCCCUCGCCCACUCGGCCUCAGAGUCCCUCUCAGGCGCAGACUAGCUUCGACACGCUCACAUCACCACCAGCGCCCGGCUCGUCGGUCAAUCCCACCGCCGUCACCAGCCCAAGUGCCCAGAAUGUGGCCGCUGGUGGAGCAACUGUGGCCGGUGCAGCAGCAACUGCCGCCCAGGUGGCCUCCGCCUUGGGUGCCACCACCGGCAGCGUGACGCCAGCAAUUGCCACCGCCACGCCAGCCACGCAGCCGGAUAUGCCCGUCUUCACGUGUCCACGUCGCCCGAAUCUCGGACGAGAGGGUCGCCCGAUUGUGCUGCGCGCCAAUCACUUCCAGGUGACAAUGCCGCGUGGCUAUGUGCAUCACUAUGACAUCAAUAUACAGCCGGACAAGUGUCCGCGAAAGGUGAACCGUGAGAUUAUCGAGACCAUGGUGCAUGCCUAUAGCAAGAUCUUCGGAGUGCUCAAGCCGGUGUUCGAUGGUCGCAACAAUCUGUACACCCGCGAUCCCCUGCCCAUUGGCAACGAGCGUCUGGAGCUGGAGGUGACUCUACCCGGCGAGGGCAAGGAUCGAAUCUUUCGCGUGACGAUCAAGUGGCAGGCUCAGGUCUCGCUCUUCAAUUUGGAGGAAGCUCUCGAAGGCCGCACGCGGCAGAUACCUUAUGAUGCCAUUUUGGCGCUCGAUGUGGUCAUGCGCCAUCUGCCCAGCAUGACGUACACGCCAGUGGGACGCAGCUUCUUUAGUUCCCCGGAAGGUUACUACCAUCCCCUGGGUGGUGGACGCGAGGUUUGGUUCGGUUUCCAUCAGAGCGUAAGGCCCUCGCAGUGGAAGAUGAUGCUCAAUAUCGAUGUCUCGGCCACCGCCUUCUACAAGGCUCAACCAGUCAUUGACUUCAUGUGCGAGGUGCUGGACAUUCGCGACAUCAACGAGCAGCGAAAACCGCUCACCGAUUCGCAGCGCGUCAAGUUCACCAAGGAGAUCAAGGGUCUCAAGAUCGAGAUCACCCACUGCGGCCAGAUGCGUCGCAAGUAUCGUGUGUGCAACGUCACUCGCCGCCCCGCUCAGAUGCAAUCAUUCCCACUGCAGCUGGAGAACGGACAGACCGUAGAGUGCACCGUGGCCAAGUACUUCCUGGACAAGUACCGCAUGAAGUUGCGCUACCCGCACUUGCCCUGCCUGCAGGUUGGCCAAGAGCACAAGCACACUUACCUGCCUCUGGAGGUAUGCAACAUUGUGGCCGGACAGCGGUGCAUCAAGAAGCUGACCGAUAUGCAGACGUCGACCAUGAUCAAGGCCACAGCUCGUUCUGCUCCGGAUCGCGAGCGUGAGAUUAACAACUUGGUUAAGCGCGCCGACUUCAACAACGAUUCGUAUGUGCAGGAGUUUGGCCUGACCAUCUCCAAUUCGAUGAUGGAGGUACGAGGACGCGUCUUGCCGCCUCCCAAGCUUCAGUAUGGGGGACGUGUGUCCACCGGCCUCACUGGCCAGCAGCUGUUCCCGCCACAGAACAAGGUGAGCUUGGCCUCGCCCAACCAGGGUGUAUGGGAUAUGCGCGGCAAGCAGUUCUUCACUGGCGUCGAGAUCCGCAUCUGGGCCAUCGCCUGUUUCGCCCCACAGCGCACGGUGCGCGAGGAUGCGCUGCGCAAUUUCACCCAGCAGCUGCAGAAGAUCUCAAACGAUGCCGGCAUGCCGAUAAUUGGACAGCCGUGCUUCUGCAAGUACGCCACCGGGCCGGAUCAAGUGGAACCCAUGUUCCGUUACCUGAAGAUCACCUUCCCCGGUCUGCAGCUCGUCGUCGUUGUGCUGCCCGGCAAGACUCCGGUGUACGCCGAGGUGAAGCGCGUGGGUGACACCGUUCUGGGCAUGGCCACCCAGUGUGUGCAGGCCAAGAACGUGAACAAGACGUCGCCACAGACGCUCUCUAAUCUGUGUCUGAAGAUCAACGUCAAGUUGGGCGGCAUCAAUUCAAUUCUGGUCCCCUCCAUCCGGCCAAAGGUCUUCAAUGAGCCGGUCAUCUUUUUGGGUGCCGAUGUGACACACCCACCAGCUGGCGACAACAAGAAACCAUCGAUUGCCGCCGUCGUGGGCUCCAUGGAUGCCCAUCCAUCGCGCUAUGCCGCCACCGUUCGCGUACAGCAGCACCGGCAGGAGAUCAUUCAGGAGCUGAGCAGCAUGGUGCGCGAGCUGUUGAUCAUGUUCUACAAGUCGACGGGCGGCUACAAGCCCCACCGCAUCAUACUCUAUCGUGACGGAGUCUCCGAGGGACAAUUCCCGCAUGUCCUGCAACACGAAUUGACCGCCAUUCGAGAGGCCUGCAUUAAGCUGGAGCCAGAAUAUCGGCCGGGCAUCACAUUCAUCGUGGUGCAGAAGCGCCAUCACACACGACUCUUCUGCGCGGAGAAGAAGGAGCAGAGCGGCAAGUCGGGCAAUAUUCCCGCAGGCACCACCGUCGAUGUGGGCAUCACACAUCCCACCGAAUUCGAUUUCUAUCUGUGCAGCCAUCAGGGCAUCCAGGGCACCAGUCGCCCCUCGCACUACCACGUUCUGUGGGACGACAAUCACUUUGACUCGGACGAGCUGCAGUGCCUCACGUAUCAGCUAUGCCAUACGUACGUGCGCUGCACUCGAUCCGUCAGUAUACCGGCGCCAGCCUACUACGCCCAUCUGGUGGCCUUCCGUGCCAGAUACCAUCUGGUGGAGAAGGAGCACGAUUCGGGCGAGGGCUCGCACCAGAGCGGCUGCUCAGAGGAUCGCACGCCAGGUGCCAUGGCCAGGGCCAUCACUGUGCACGCGGAUACCAAGAAGGUCAUGUACUUUGCCUAAAAAGUAUCGCCCCUCCCCAAUACCAACACCAAAAAGCUAAAGAAUACAAAAUCAGUUUCGAAUUUCGAUUCGAAUAAGCAACUCCCCACUUCCUACCCUCAGAUCAGAAAGCGGAAAGCGGAUGAAAGCCAAGCAUAGAAGUUUAGAAUUAAGUUACGUUUUACGUUGAGAGAUCGCGGAUGGGUGGAAAACCCAACCAGAAUACGAAGAUCUUGCAUGCAUUAGUUUACAAACACGUACAUAUAUAGUAAGCAGAGUAAUGAAAAUCCCACAAAGACACACAAACAGCAUCCACACACUCGCUCAUCCACACACACACAAAGCAGAUAGCUACACAGUGAGAAAUGAUAGCCAAUCGAAUGUCAGGCACAAGUUUGCGAAAUCAAAGAAAUGUGAGAAUUCUCAAAAACAAGCGUAGCAAACAAAUUGAAUGCAAAUAGGAAAUCAACUAAAGGGAACAAAAACUACGACAGCAACACCAACCAACACCAGAUAACAAAACAAAACAUAUAAAAAACGAAACCUAACAAAAAUGGAAGUGAAAUUAAGUGAAAAGUGAGCGUCAUCAGCACGAGAGAGAGAGAGACGAGUUUUGUAAUAGAAAUUACGAUUAAAUUGUACAAUAUAUUUUUACACGAUACGAAAUGAAGACAUGAUGAAUGAUAAUGAAUGAAUGCAUACAACCAAAGGUUUUUAGUAUACAAAAUGAAUACGUUGCUGAUCGACUCACACAGCAAACACCACAAGAACACCAACCACUCGGAUUCUCUGUACUGUGAACGAAGACCACCACCAAAAUAUAAACAAAAACCACAAGCGACAUUAAAGCGACAAGCAUUGAAAGAGUGUGUAGACACAACUUAGCAUGUACUAAUGAAAUACUUCAAUACUUCAACUAGGGCGCUGACAAAACCGAGCAAGAACAUUUAAUAGUUUGUAAGUUGGGCUCUACCAAAAACCAAACACAAAAAGAGAGAGAAAAAAAAAAUGCAAGUAAGGCCAGAUGAGUUAAGUGGGCGAUGAUGAAUAACGAGAACUGCAAUUUCAACAAGGGACAAACUUUUGGUCAAAACAAUAGCUAUACUUAUAGAGCAGAGCCUAGUAUAUACAUACAUACAUAACUAAGCCUAGAACUAACAUUUAAAGUUUUUACGAAACGAAAACCAAGCGGAUGAUGUAGAAUACUUAAAUUCAAAAGUGCAAAUAACACGGUAGCAGACACGUUACGUUGGCAGUGCUGAUAUUUUAUGUUAGUCCUUAGUUUACCCCUUUUUUUAUGCACCACACCACACAAUCAGACUCCGAACUUCUUCAACCCUCCUCGAGUCCAAGGCAUAUCACUCAAUGUCCUCUUAUUUAUGUACCUCCUACAAUAAGCCCUAUGAUAUAUUUAGUUGUACCUUAUAUACAUAUAUAUAUUUUUUUAAAACGAAUGCCUAACGAAAUUUGUUGAUUUCUUCAUGUUGAUGCUUCGAAUUGGCUACUUCGCUGCUUUUCGUUGUAAUAAUUUCGUAUUAAUUAACUUUAGAUCAAAGUGGUGUACGGGUAAUAUAAACAAGGUAACUCUUCUCCACCGUCCGCCGGAGGGAGGUGGCAACAACAUUUCAAUAUUUUACAAAGUAGUUUUAGUUUCGCCAAAAUCAACAAGCAAACAAACAAUAUCAAUAACAAUAUGAAACGUAUGCUUAGUAAUUGUACUAUAUCGAGGACACAGUUCAAGUUAACAUUAUAAUGAGUUGUUAUUUAUGCGACGCGGGCGACGACGAUCUAUCCACUCGGAGUCGCCCGGGCCAAACCUAAUUUAUAAUUGUAUACAUCCUUCUUCACAGAACCUUUAAUUUAGAUUUAGUUUCCAAGUUUGCAAGCUGUUUUGCCAAUCGUACAUUAUGUGAGCAUUAUAAAAUACAUAAUAUAUAUAAAUCUA